AUGACAUCUUUUUCCUCAACCUUCUUGCAAUUUGCCAUUCUCCAAUUCCUCUUGUACAAAGUCCUCUGCUGUGAAGGACCCGUAGAUCCAUCCAAGGGCUUCAUUUCUUUGCCUUUUAAUACAUCAUUUUACCACAUUCAGAAACCAUAUGAUGUGCCUGUAGAUCAAAGAUACAAGUUCGUAGAUGGAGUUCACUAUUUGUGGGUAUUUUCAACCGAUAAACCACACACUCCCACUAGUCAUACAAAACCUCGAACUGAGAUUGGGAUACAGGGGUAUAACUAUUCUUCAGGUGUUUGGCAAUUUGAAGGGGAUUUUUACGUGCCAUCGGGGACAUCAGGUGUCUGCAUCAUGCAAGUUUUCGGGGCAACUGCUCCUCAUGCCACAACUCUGAUGCUUAGGGUUUACAAUAGCUCACUCUUUUACUAUACUGAUUCUGUUCUGUUUCCAAGCGUCUAUGACAAGUGGUUUCAUCUCAAUGUGGUUCAUGAUGUUUUAGCUGCAAAGGUGAAGGUUUUCAUUGAUGGUUGUCUAAAGAUUGUCGCAGAUGGCCGUGGAGGCACCUCACAUACUUUCAAAUGUGGUGUUUAUGCUCAAAAUGAUGAUUCUUAUCGCAUGGAAUCACGAUGGAAGAACAUCGAAAUUCUAAAAAUAAGAGAUUAA